UUGAUUUUAUAGUGGUUUUAUUACUGUAAUGUAUUCAUCACACAUUGAAAGUACUUAAUGGUACCCACUAUCAUGAUUUUAGAAACUUAUUGUUCGUUUUGGUAAAUAUUGGUGGGAAAAUUUACUGGUGUACAUAGUGGCUACCUAUCAAUUGGCGGCUUCUGCAUGUUACUUUGACAAUUAAGACGCAGAUUCAACGCUUUGAACGGCAAAUGAGAUAUUAGUCAUAAUCCAAUCCAUUUUUUCUCCCACUCACUGAAAUGGGACUGAAUAAAUAUCAAGUAUUCGAAAAGAGAAAUCAACCCAGGAAAGCAUUCUAUGACGAGACGUUCGCAAACUCUAUCAACCGAGAGUUUACAAGGAGUAACUAACUCAAACAUUGAUGAUGAAAGUAUCAAUCAAAACUCAAGGAAAAGAAACUUCCAGCUUAUCAAAUCAAAAUCUUUUGUUCCGAUUAUUCAUGAUCGACCUCCAAUAGUCGCUGUUACCCCUAAACUUGCUACAGCAACUCGUGCAGUUUUACGGGCAAAGUAUGACAAUGACGCCAACCGGAGGAGAUGCGUUUUAGAACAAAAAUUAGACGAAAUUAAACAGCGUAAGAUGGAAGAAGAAGCUGAAGAAAUAAAAAGACUUCGUAAGGAGACUGUACACAAGCCGGAACCCAUCAGGCGAUACAAACCAAUCAGAAUUAUUUACAACAGUACGUGAUUCCCUCUAUAUGUUCACUCCGAAUACAACCCCUUAUGUGUAUUUUCGAUUCAAACAGCUUUACAUCGAACUUCAGGAACUCACCGAGCACCUUUAGUGCGACUAAAUGGUCGGGAGAGUUAUCAGAUUUAAGAGUGUUAAAUAUACCCUAUCGAGAUUCAGUCGGUUCGAACGAAGAAUGUCCUUUUCAUUAAAUUCUCUCAAGGUCUGUAGAAUUAUAAAACGUGUUAUCCUUAUGAUAACAGAUAUGUACACGAGGAGUUAGUUAGUUAGACCGUCUUUCAGUUUCGGGGUGGAUGUUGGAAGGCUGCUGAAGG